AUGCGCAGUGUGGCCACGGUCACUGUGGUCAGGGAAGUGUCUGCACACCCUCUGGAACCCGCCGAGACCCGCCUGGGGCCGGGAAGUGGCCCCUCCCCAGCUGUCCGCGUGUCCUGUGUCACAGGAAUGCCCUGCAGCUGUGCGGCUGGUCUAUUUGCGUCCAGGAGACUGAGCCGGUCCUUCAGUGCUGUGGGUGGAGGUGAGUGGACGUGCGGGUCCUUCAGUGCUGUGGGUGGAGUGCUGUGGGGUACUGUGCGCCGAGCACCAGAGCCAGCGCCACCCCCCCACCCCCACCCCCAGGGCUGGCGGUCGCCCUGCGGCAGGACAAGGGCAGCUCUCCUGCUCCCUGGGGGCCGAGGGCUGCGUGGUCUGCAGCAGCAUCCUCCCUCUCUGCUCAAGUGUGUGCUGUGUGUCCAGGGCCCGCUGACCGCUCCCUCUGUCCCUCAGGCCUGCGGCUGCCCACUGUACUGGAAGGGGCCUCUCUUCUAUGGAGCCGGCGGGGAGCGCACAGGCUCAGUGUCCGUCCACAAGUUCGUGGCCAUGUGGAGAAAGAUCCUCCAAAACUGCCACGACGAAGCCGCCAAAUUCGUGCACCUGCUCAUGAACCCCGGCUGCAACUACCUGGUGCAGGAAGACUUCGUCCCCUUCCUGCAGGACGUGGUGAACACGCACCCCGGCCUGUCCUUCCUCAAGGAGGCGUCCGAGUUCCACUCCCGCUACAUCACCACCGUCAUCCAGAGGAUAUUCUACACCGUCAACAGGUCCUGGACUGGGAGGAUCACCUGCACGGAGCUCCGGAGAAGCACCUUCCUGCAGAACGUGGCCCUGCUGGAGGAGGAGGCGGACAUCAACCAGCUGACGGAGUACUUCUCCUACGAGCACUUCUACGUCAUCUACUGCAAGUUCUGGGAGCUGGACACAGACCACGACCUCCUCAUCGACGCGCAGGACCUGGCCCGACACAAUGACCACGGUGAGCCUGGCUGCAGGACGUGGGGCAGGGCACUGUGCAGGUGGCCCCAGCCCUUCGCCCCGUCUCUAGUGGCCAGACCUCUGACCCAGCUCACUGGCCACGCGUCCUGCAUCCUGGUCACUGCUCGGCCCGCCCCAGUCCCGUGGUUUGUCUCCGAGGAACCUCAGGAGUACGACCUCCUGGUGGCCGAGGAGGCCGCGGGCGAGCCCUGGGACGACGGGUACGAGGGGGAGCUCAGCCCUGUGGACCAGAAGCUGAGCGCGCUGCGGUCCCCGCUGGCCCAGAGGCCCUUCUUCGAGGUGCCCACCCCGCUGGGCGACGUUGACCUGUACGAGUACGCGUGUGGCGACGACGACCUGCAGCCCUUGUGAGGCCCUCGCUGCCCGUCCCCAGCGGCCGGGUGUGCGUAACUGUCCUGUUGUGGACACCGAGUGCGUUUGUACGGAGUGAUGAUGUUUAUUUAUUCACCGCGGAGCUCGUCGGGGUUACUGACGGCGCACGCACGUCCCCACCGCCCGAGGGACUGACACUGUCCGAGAACUCCAGGCCACUGGGCCGCGGACGCUUGCCAGGGCCAGCCGCGGGACGCCCGGGUGCGCACCCUGGACGGCGCCCCUUCCCCGCGCGCCCUGACGCCGCCUGCGCGCUGAGCGCCCCUCCCCCAGCGUGUGGGUCGCGAACAUUCCGCGCACCGCGGGUGCGGUCACGCGCGCACACGACGUGCAAAGACGACUUCAUCUGCUGUGCAGCGCAGCUUACCAUGUUGUACGCGGUCACGUUUGUAUUUUUGAAUAAAGAGUUUAAGGAUUUUCA